UAGGGGGGCUGCCUCGCAAAUCACAGCUGCACAACAGGAGCUGGAGGCGGCAGCUAAAGCAGAGACAAGAUUUCCCCACCUCCCCCACCCCUUCCCUUCAUUGCGAGCGAGAGAACAAAAACUCCAACCACCAAAAUAACCCAUCCAACAGCAACCCUCCAGUACACGCCGCCCGCUGCUCUGCCUGGAAAGUUGCAGCGGGCUCCGGCUCCGCGCCUGCAGUGGAGGGGGUCCGAGGCUCAGGACUUACAAACCGACCCCAGCCGGGGCACAGAAUCUCUCCUGCUUUUUCCUUUGCAAAAGAGGCCAACCUGCAACGCCAGCAUUGCGGUGGGGAGGCUCCUGCUGCUGCUUCCUUCCUCCCCCCUCGCCCGUGGGGUUUUCUUAGCCGUGGGAGCCUCUGCAGCCUGCAUUGCAUUGCAGACACCGCUACCCCACGCCUCGCGGCCCGGGUGCCUCCGCCUCCUCCGCCCGCUUGGCUUGGCUGCCCUCCGCCAGCCAGCAGCAGCGAAGUUGACCUGGAGUCCGAGGGAGCGCGGCCAGCCCUCCCCCCGGACGGUGCCCUGGAGUGAGCGCUCCAGCCCAGAGGCGCCUGCGAGACAGCCAUGGCCGGCGAGCUGAGCAUCGGACCCGAGCUGCCCACCAGCCCCCUGGCCAUGGAGUACGUCAACGACUUCGACCUGAUGAAAUUCGACGUGAAGAAGGAGCCCCUGGGCAGAGCCGACCGGCCCGGCCGCCACUGCACCCGCCUGCAGCCAGCCGGCUCCGUCUCCUCCACCCCCAUCAGCACGCCCUGCAGCUCGGUGCCCUCCUCGCCCAGCUUCAGCCCCACCGAGCAGAAGACCCACCUGGAGGACCUGUACUGGAUGGCCAACAGCUACCAGCAGAUGAACCCCGAGACGCUCAGCCUCACCCCGGAGGACGCGGUGGAAGCCCUCAUCGGGUCCCACCAGAUGCCCCAGCAGCUGCAAAGCUUUGAGAGCUUCCGGGCCCACCACCACCACCAUCACCAGCAGCAGCACCACCACCAGUACCCGGGGGUCACCCACGAAGACCUGGCCAACAGCGGGCACCCGCAUCACCAUCACCACCACCACCAUCAUCAUCACCAGGCGUCUCCCACCCCUUCCACCUCAUCCACCUCCUCCCAGCAGCUGCAGAACGCCCACCAGCAGCACCCUUCCUCCAACAGCGUGGAAGACAGGUUCUCGGACGAACAGCUGGUCUCCAUGUCGGUGAGGGAGCUCAACAGGCACCUGAGGGGCUUCACCAAGGACGAGGUGAUCCGCCUCAAGCAGAAGAGGAGGACGUUGAAGAACAGGGGCUAUGCCCAGUCCUGCAGGUAUAAGCGAGUCCAGCAGAAGCACCACCUGGAGAACGAGAAGACCCAGCUGAUCCAGCAGGUGGAACAGCUCAAGCAAGAGGUGACCCGGCUGGCCAGAGAAAGAGAUGCCUACAAGCUCAAGUGUGAGAAACUUGCCAGCAAUGGCUUCAGGGAGGCCGGAUCCACCAGUGACAACCCAUCUUCUCCUGAGUUCUUCAUGUGAGUCCUUUAACCACAACCCCCCCCCCCCCGAUCUCCUCCUCCGCCCCUCCGCUUCUCCCAUCCUCCUCUGACAUCUCCAUCCAUCUGCCUGCUUGAGUAGAGAGGAAGAAGAGAGACUUAAUAUUUGCAGCAUCCUGUCUUAUAGAUUAGCUGUGAAAAGUAGGCUGGGGGUAGGUGGGGGAAGAGAGAGAGAGAGAGACGUGCAACUUUUUAUCUUUAGUUCGCCAGCUAAAGAAA